AUGGGUGCAGUAUUAAGUAGGAAAGUACAACUGGCUAGUGACGACAGUUGGAAAUACACUGUUCGUAAUGAUGACGACGACGGAGGUGAAGAAAAUAAAAAAAAUAAUCAAGAGAAUUAUCAUACUAUUAGUAAAUUAUUAAACUCUACUCAUCAAACAAGUACAGUUCCAGCCAUGACUAGCAAUAGUAAAGCUUAUAAAGAGCUAAAUUUCGAUUACGAAUACACUUGGCCAUUCGAAAAUCUUGUUCUUGAAGGAGGUGGUAGUAAAGGGAUGGCCUACGUUGGUACUCUUAAGCAAUAUUAUCAAGCAUAA